GAAAAGUAGGAAUUGAGAACUGAGAAGGUUUUGAAUUCCUCCAAACCACACAAGUCUGAAAGAGAUGAAUUGGGUAAGGGAAAGUUGAAAAGAAGGAGCAAAAGGAUGGUUGAAGAGAGAUCAUGAGUUUGCAAUGUUGUUGUCGAUGGCAACCACAAAUCUUUCAUCAACAUCUCCUCAAACAAGUCUUUAUGCUUGUUUCAGUUGCAGUCUUAACCCCUCUUCAAGAAGAUACUCUCCUCAUUCUGUCUUGCUUCCUCACACACCACCUUCUUACAAUACCCUCGUUUUCCAGCUAACAGCUAAUGAUUUGUUGCAUAAAAAGCUAAAUUUGGUGUGUUUGUGUAAUGAACAGGCAGCAAAACUUCUAGGGCCUCCAGCAACCUUUGAUGCCUCAAAACUACAAGUUCUUUUCAAGGGAGAAGAAACAGAUCAAUACACAAGAAUUGUCCCAAGGACCUACAAGCUUUCCCAUUGUGACUUCACUGCUAACCUCACAUUAACCAUAUCAAACAUUAUUGACCAUCAUCAGUUGAAAGGGUGGUAUAAUAAGGACGACGUAGUGGCUCAGUGGGCUGAAGUGAAGGGUCAUAUGUGCCUUGACGUUCAUUGCUAUGUUAGCGGACCAAAUUCGUUGCUAGACCUAGCUGCAGAGUUCCGAUACUACAUUUUUUCAAAGGAGUUGCCAUUGGUGCUUGAAGCAGUUCUCUAUGGGGAUCGUGUUCUAUUCAGUGAACAUAAAGAGCUAAUGGAUGCAUUUGUUCGCGUCUUUUUUCACUCUAGUUCAAAAAAGUACAAUCGAGUCGAGUGUUGGGGCCCUCUUAAGGAUGCUGCUAAGGGACAAGUAGGGUAUCAAAUACAAGAUCAAUUGGCUGGAAAAAUGGAACGAUCGGUGCCUCCGAAGAACGAGGGAAUACCAAAAUCUGUAUUUCAAGCUCUUUGUACAUUUCUUUUGUAAUUAACCACACCAAGGGCAAGGGGGAUGGCAUUUAGUGUGAAAGAUAGUCAACCUUUUGGGAGAUUAAAAAGUCAACCAUUGAGGUUGAGAUUGGAUUGAUUUUGAUGUCUCAUUGAUUUUUUUGGCACCCUUACUAUACAAUUCAUGAACUAGAAACCAUGGGAUCAAGAUUCUUGAGAAAACACUGAUUUUG